AAGCCCACUGCCCACAGUCCGUUAGUCCCUCCCUCGGAGUUCCUCCCACUCCUAGGUCAGCCCAAUCCCAAAUCUCAAAUCCUAUUAGGGUUUCAUUGAUUCAAAGUUCAAACUUUCAAUUCCAGCUGCGUAGCCGCAUCCCACGACGAUGACGAUUCCCACUACCACUGCCAUAGCCGACUGCCACCCAUGGCCACGAGCCACGAUUCCCUCACCCAGUCUUCCGUCGCGGCCUCACCCAGUCACUCGCCCAUUCGGCCCUCGCUAGCUAUCAUGAAAUUGCUGGUAUUUUCCUCCACGCAGUAGUGGUUUAUUUAGUCUGCCCGCUUACCUUCCCAAUUCUUGCCGCCCCUCCAAAAUAAUUUCCAAUCUCCUUUCUCCAAAUGAAAAUCCAAAAAUCUGCAGCAGCGGUGCUUCUUUCCUAACUUUUGUUCGAUCUCCAGGCCCUUGCUUUCAAGCCCUCUGAUGAGGUGUGGGCGAGCUAUUGAUAAGCUGCAACAUAUGAAAGGUUGUAGAAUUUUGAUUGGAUACUCAUUGCAGAGUAUACACCCAGCGAAACCCUCACCAAAUACCUAUUCAUCCUUUCCAUUUUUCUUACCUAAUCCCUCCUUAAAAGCAUUGCAAAUUGUAGCAGAUAUAAGGUAUAAAAAUUGGUUACGAGCCUGGAGACGGCAGUGUUAUAGAAAGCAACUUUUCCAGACACCAGCGCAUGGGGCAUACUGAUUACCUUCCUUCCGUUCAUCCUUAAUUUCAUAUUUUGUUUCUCAAAAUCAAAUCAAAUUUGACAAAAAACAAAAACUCUCACUUCCUCACAGUACUUGGUCGUCGUUGAGGCAAGCCAAAGAAAUGGCGUCGCCGACGACGCCCAACGGAUCACUGACAGUCGCCGAAGAAGAUCAGGACACCGCUUCUACUACCACUUCAUCGUCUGUGAAAUUUGGCACUCCGGAGGCGCUGGAACAGGUGCGCAAGCUUACCGACGUCGGCGCCAUGACCCGUCUCCUCCACGAAUGCAUUGCCUACCAGCGAGCCCUAGAUCUGCAACUCGAGAGCCUCCUUUUCCAACGCACUGAUCUCGACAAACAGCUCUCCUCUCUCCAGAAAUCCGCCCAUGUCCUCGACAUCGUCAAGGCUGACGCCGAUUACAUGCUGUCCAACGUCCGUUCUACCUGCGACCUCGCCGAUCAGGUCAGCGGCAAAGUCCGGGAGCUCGAUCUCGCUCAGUCCCGCGUCAAUGAGACCUUGUCUCGCAUCGACGCCAUCGUUGAGAGGGGUAAUUGCAUAGAAGGGGUCAAGAAGGCUCUCGAAUCCGAAGAUUAUGAAUCGGCUGCCAGGUACGUGCAGACGUUUCUUGAGAUCGAUGCCAAGUAUAAAGACUCGGGUUCGGACCAGAGGGAGCAGCUUCUGGCGUCGAAGAAGCAGCUGGAAGGAAUUGUUCGCAAGAGGCUGUCGGCUGCCGUCGACCAGCGAGACCACCCGGCGAUUCUUCGGUUCAUUCGUCUCUUCUCGCCGCUGCGGCUGGAGGAGGAAGGAUUGCAGGUGUACGUGGGUUAUCUAAAGAAAGUGAUUUCCAUGAGAUCCAGGCUAGAAUUUGAGAAUUUGGUGGAAUUGAUGGAGCAGACUUCUGGGAAUCAACCGCAGGUCAAUUUUGUGGGCUGUUUAACAAAUUUGUUCAAGGACAUUGUGUUGGCAGUGGAAGAAAAUGAUGAGAUUUUGCGUAGCCUUUGCGGGGAAGACAGUAUAGUGUAUGCAAUUUGUGAGCUUCAAGAAGAGUGUGAUUCGCGAGGUUCUCUAAUUUUGAGGAAGUAUAUGGAAUACCGGAAAUUGUCUAAAUUAACUUCGGAAAUUAAUUCAUACAAGAAUAAUUUGCUCCCUGUUGGAGGCGCUGAAGGGCCCGACCCGAGGGAGAUUGAGUUGUACUUGGAGGAGAUACUAUCACUGAUGCAGUUGGGUGAGGAUUACACAGAAUUUAUGGUGUCCAAGAUUAAGGGGCUGGCUUCUGUUGAUCCGGAGCUUGGUCCGCGAGCCACAAAAGCUUUUAGGAGCGGAAGUUUUAGCAGAGUGGUCCAAGAUAUAACUGGAUAUUAUGUUAUAUUAGAGGGAUUUUUUAUGGUGGAAAACGUGAGGAAAGCUAUAAAUAUUGAUGAGCAUGUACCGGAUAGCCUAACAACUUCUAUGGUGGACGAUGUGUUCUAUGUCUUGCAGAGUUGCUGCAGGAGGGCAAUAUCCACUUCCAACAUUAACUCGGUAAUUGCUGUUCUGACUGGUGCUGUGAGUUUGUUGAGCAAUGAGUACAAGGAAGCAUUGCAACAGAAGAUGAGAGAGCCAAAUCUUGGGUCAAAGCUAUUCUUGGGUGGUGUUGGCGUGCAGAAGACUGGAAUGGAGAUUGCAACUGUUUUAAAUAAUAUGGACGUGAGUAGUGAGUAUGUCUUGAAACUUCGGCAUGAGAUUGAGGAGCAAUGCGCAGAGGCAUUCCCUGCACCAGCUGAUAGAGAGAAGGUAAAAUCUUGUUUAUCUGACUUUGGUGAUAUGAGCAACAGUUUCAAGCAAGCCUUGACUGCUGGGAUGGAGCAACUAGUGGCAACUGUGACACCAAGAAUCCGGCCUGUAUUAGAUAGUGUGGCAACCAUCAGUUAUGAGCUGUCCGAGGCUGAGUAUGCAGAUAAUGAGGUGAAUGAUCCGUGGGUCCGGCGACUCCUCCAUGCUGUUGAGACCAACGCUGCAUGGCUCCAGCCAGUGAUGACCGCCAACAACUAUGACUCAUUUGUUCAUAUGGUCAUUGACUUCAUCACAAAGAGGCUUGAAGUCAUAAUGAUGCAGAAAAGGUUCAGUCAGCUUGGAGGUCUUCAGCUUGACCGGGAUGCAAGGGCACUGGUCAGCCAUUUCUCUGGAAUAACUCAGAGGACUGUUAGGGACAAGUUUGCCCGUCUCACCCAAAUGGCAACGAUCCUUAACUUGGAGAAAGUCUCUGAGAUUCUGGAUUUCUGGGGUGAAAACUCCGGACCCAUGACCUGGAGGCUUACUCCUGCUGAGGUGAGGAGAGUGUUGGGUCUGAGGGUUGAUUUCAAACCUGAAGCUAUUGCUGCUCUUAAAUUGUAAUAUCCUCUUCUGAACUUGACGGUUUCCCCAUAAUUUGAGUUUUGUUUAGUUUCUACUCCUUUUACCCCUGAAGAAAUUUUUUUUUAUAGAGCCAGUUGAGCAAACUUACAAAAUGUAUUGAUUAUAGAAAUGAUUUAUCCAGUGGCCCCUGUAUCUCA